AUCUGCAGACAUCAUGGGAUCUUUAUGGGAUGACUUGGAAAGCCUUGUGGAUGCUCCUUCCUCUUUCUCAGCAAAAAGUGGAGAGCGAGGAACCAUCAAGCCCAAAGCAAACUUUGAUGCAGAGCAGGAUGCUGCAGCGCUGAAAAAGGCCAUUGAAGGACUUGGCACGAAUGAGAAGAUUGUGAUUGAGAUUCUGACCACCAGAAGCAGCGCUCAGAGACAGCUCAUCUGUAAAGCUUAUGAAAAAGCCACCAGCAGAACAUUAGUGAAGGACCUGAAAGGGGACACCAGCGGGGACUUUGAGGACCUGCUCGUGGCGCUCGUCACUCCUCCUGCUGAGUACGACUGCCAUGAAGUAAUGCGGGCCACGAAGGGAGCUGGAACCAAUGACAAAGUCUUGAUUGAAAUCUUUGCCUCCAGAUCUAACCAACAAAUUAAAGCUCUCAGUGACGUCUAUUUCAAAGAAACCAAAAAACAGUUGACAGCUGCCCUGGAGAGUGAAGUUUCGGGAGACUAUUCCAAAGCGCUGCUCCUCCUGGCUCUGGGUAAGCGGGAUGAGAGCACCACAGUGGAUGUUAAUAAGGCAAGAGAAGAUGCCAAGGCUCUUUACAAUGCCGGGGAGAAAAAGUGGGGCACUGAUGAAUUUAAAUUCAUUGAAAUCCUCUGCAAAAAAAGCAUUCCUCACCUGAGACAAACUGUGAUUGAAUACAAGAACAUCAGUGGAAAGACCCUGCAGCAAAGCAUUGAAGGGGAGAUGUCAGGAGACCUGGAGAACCUGCUCGUGGCUGUUGUGAAAUGUGUGAAGAGUGUACCAGGUUACUUUGCAGAACUCCUGCAUGAGAGCAUGAAGGGUGCAGGAACUGAUGAGUCCACUCUGAACCGGAUCAUGGUGAGUCGGUCUGAGAUCGACCUGCUGGACAUCAGAGCCGAGUUCAAGAAACUCUACGAACACUCACUGCUCUCUGCCAUUCAGUCAGAUCUGUCGGGCGACCACUGUGAGUGUGUGAAGGCCAUCUGUGGAGGAGACGAUUAACCGAAUAUCCACCUGAAGAUGAGAAGAAACCCACUUUCUCCUUCACGCUUGUGUCAUUCACGUCUGCCUCUCUUUUUUGUUUAUUCAGCCAACUAAAUCACAACUUGUUUACAGUCUCAACUAGACAGCUGUAAAAGGCAGAUGUUGUGUGGAAGCACUGCGAAUUUUAUAGCCAGGUCAGCUGAGAGAUGUCGGCUCAAGUUUUAAUGUAAAUUUCAAUUCUGAUUGUGGUGGUAAUUACAAAAAGACUGCUAAAAAUAUAUCUUGGAGAUUGACAUGUUGUUUCUUUUACUUUAUAGAAGCUUCUGUCAUUUUAUUUCAAUUGUAAAAUCUAGCCAUACAGCAUCUGUGUAACCCUGUUUCUUAAAUUUGCAC